ACCCACCCAAGGAAAUUUUUAUUCUUUUACUUUUUUUUUAUAUAAAAAACAAUUGUGAUCCAAGUUAUCCCUCAUUAGAAAACAAUUACUGACAUCAUGAUCUAGGUCACAAUUACUAGAUUAAUCAAUCUUGCCUGCUGGCUUAAAUUUUAAUGCAACCAAUUAAUGAAAGAUAAAAAAUAUUUGGACCAUGUCAAUUUUUUUUUUUUUUUUUGUUGUUGUUGAGAUCAUGGUCUGCAUCAUAAUUAAGCAGUCAAUUAAUGAUGAUUCAUGCCUCACUGAAAUAAAUUAUCAAUAUGUAUUAGUGAAUUAUAUUGUUGGAGAAAAGGUGGAGUGGGGACUUCAGCAACCACACAAAAAAGGAACCCAUAAUCUCACCAAUAGCUUUUAUUUUGUAGCUUAAGUCCAAACACGCAAGAAACGAAUUUCCGCUACAAAAAGCCUUAAUCUCCCUUCGUACUCAACCGUUUCUUGCGGUAGUCGCUAUCUCUUACACCAACUCACUAGCCCCUUUUCGCCCUUCCACGCCUAAACAUAGAUUAAAACUCAUUCAAGGAGAAGCUCCUGGGAUUCAUCAUAGAGGUUUGUUUAUUGCCCGCAUGGAGCAAUCAGCAAUAGCCAGACAGGCACAGAACAAUCACAAGUUGAAUUAUUCCAGGGUUGCUACAGAGAACGAUAUGAUGUUGGGUGCUCUUGUUUCUCAAAAGUCGGGUAUUGAUUUCAUGCAAAACUGUGAUCUUCCUCCACCUGUCAAGGUCUUUACGGGGUUGGAUAAGGCGGUUGUGCUAUCAAUGAACAGCGUUUGCAGCCUGGGACGAGAGAAUGAUAAAUUUCAUGAUCAUGUAUGUAGAAAUGAAGGUGUUGAGGAUGAGAAGUUAGAGAUUUUGAAGGCGCUGAGAUUGUCUCAAACGCGUGCAAGGGAAGCAGAAAGGAAAGCAUCAGGCUUGGCUGAGGAGAAGGAACGUAUAUUAAAUGCCUUUAUGAAAGAUUCGUUGCAGCUUUUCGCUUAUCGGCAGUGGGUGAGAUUGCUUGAGAUUCAAGUCUCGAAGCUGCAAUCACAAUUGCUAAAGCAAGAGAAGAAUUCUCACCAUUGUUGUGAUAAACCAGAGGGGAAAAGAUUGGUGCAAGAGGUAAUUGAGGGGGGAAAUGGGGAUGAGAUGUCAUGGUUAGUUGCUUUGGCGCUCUGCCUUGGUAUUGCUAGUGUGGGUUUUGCAUUUGGUUGUAGAUUUUUGUUUUGAAUAAUAUAUUAGAGCUUUGUCUCAGUAAU